UUUAAGAUACCAAACAGGCAAGCACCAAUGAAAUCCACUGCAGAGAUUGUUGCCAUAGCGACGGCUCGACGAGCUUGAUAAAAGCGGAGUUUCGUUCUCCGCUCCGCUCGUACCAUCCCUCUCUUCAAUCUCUGUCCUUCUCUACGCAGUGAGAGUGAGAAAAGAUGAGCCAGGGAACGAAGUGGAUGCACUACUUGAGGCAACUGAGCACCGCGAACGUCUCUAAGGCCUUGAUUGAGAAGGGGCAGAACCGGGUCAUCGAUGCUUCCCUCACGCUGAUUCGCGAGAGGGCCAAACUCAAGGGAGAGUUAUUAAGGUCAUUGGGCGGUGCGAAAGCUUCAACAUCACUUUUGGGAGUUCCACUAGGACACAAUUCUUCUUUCCUGCAGGGCCCUGCUUUUGCUCCUCCUCGAAUUAGGGAGGCUAUCUGGUGUGGUAGUACCAACUCAAGCACUGAACAAGGUAAAGAAUUAGAUGAUCCGCGUGUGCUAACUGAUGUUGGUGAUGUUCCUAUACAAGAGAUACGAGAUUGUGGAGUUGAUGAUGACAGACUAAUGCAUAUUAUAAGUGAGUCUGUCAAGCUAGUGAUGGAACAGGAUCCACUGCGACCUCUUGUUUUGGGUGGUGACCACUCCAUAUCUUUUCCCGUCAUUCGAGCUGUAUCAGAAAAGCUAGGCGGGCCUCUAGAUAUUCUUCACCUAGAUGCCCAUCCAGAUAUAUAUGAUGCUUUUGAGGGAAACAAGUAUUCACAUGCUUCUUCUUUCGCGCGAAUAAUGGAGGGAGGAUAUGCAAGGCGCCUUCUACAGGUGGGAAUUAGGUCUAUUACUCGCGAAGGGCGGGAACAGGGGAAGAGAUUUGGGGUUGAGCAAUACGAAAUGCGCACUUUUUCGCAAGACCGCCAUAUUCUAGAAAAUUUGAAACUAGGCGAAGGGGUUAAGGGUGUCUACAUCUCGGUGGAUGUUGAUUGCCUUGACCCUGCAUUUGCUCCCGGAGUGUCUCAUAUUGAGCCUGGCGGUCUCUCAUUCCGCGACGUACUCAACAUUCUCCACAAUCUCCAAGCCGAUGUUGUGGGUGCUGACGUCGUGGAGUUCAACCCGCAACGUGACACCGUCGAUGGGAUGACUGCAAUGGUGGCCGCAAAGCUGGUGAGGGAACUUACUGCAAAGAUUUCCAAGUAGAAUCCGCCAUACCGACUCUUUUGGUGUUGCCUUGAACAAUUUAUUUUGUGUCCUCUUAGUUUUCAUGGCAAACUCUGGAGUGGUUCAUCUUGUACAUUUUAAAUGAAGUGAAAGCUGCAUCAUUCAUCUAGACAAUCAAACUAAAAGUUAUGAUGAAUGUGCGAACUUGACUAUCCAAUAAAAGUUGAAUCAUUCGUCUAAA